UGGAACUAGCAGCCACCCGGGGGCCCACAGUGAAGAUGCCAGUGGCUGUGAUGGCGCAAAAUCCUGUGUCUUUCCAGAGGCUUCAGGAACAGUGCGAGGAGCAGGAGCUUGAGGCUCCAGGCGGUAUUGCCAGCCCUCCGGUGUACAGCCAACUCUUGGCAUUGUACUUGCUGCAUAAUGACAUGAAUAAUGCACGUUAUUUGUGGAAAAGAAUCCCACCAGCAAUCAAAUCCGCCCACUCUGAGCUGGGUGGAAUCUGGGAAGUAGGACAGAAGAUCUGGCAGCGAGAUUUCCCAGGGAUCUACACAUCCAUCUCUGCAUAUCAGUGGUCUGAGAACAUUCAGCCAAUCAUGGAGGCUGUAAGAGAUGCAACACGAAGGCGGGCAUUUGGCUUGGUUUCCCAGGCAUAUACCUCAAUUUCUGUAGAUGAUUUUGCAUCUUUUGUUGGCCUUCCUGUAGAAGAGGCUGUUAAAGGAGUGUUAGAACAGGGAUGGCAGGCUGAUUCAGCCACUCGGAUGGUAAUGCCCAAAAAGCCAGAUUCGGCGCCCCUGUCUUUGAUCCCCAACGAACAGCAGCUGGCCAGACUUACUGACUACGUGGCUUUCCUAGAGAACUAAACUCCCUCCUACUUCAACAUCAAAAGGAGCAGACACAGGAGGCUGGCAGAGUGAAAUCUUCUGCACCUCCAAACCCACACCCAUCCUGGUCAUUGAACUUUCUCUACUGUGUGAACUCAUGUCUGAAGUUGAAAAGGGUUAACACAGAUGGGAGAACAUGGGGCAUUCUGUUAGCUUGGGUGCUGUGUUUGUGAACCCUUUUACUGGCACAGGGCCUUGUAACUGUACAGUACAAUUUGUUACAGACCCCUCUGACAAUAAAAUGGCUAAGAUACUGCAUAGUUGUAUAUGAACAAUUGCUGUUUAGUUUUAUGUCAUAAUUGUGGGAUGCUCGUCUUACCAGUAAAUUACAUAGCGAGGCUUGAUCUUUCGGCCAAGGAGAUGAUUUAUUUUUUUUCCCCCCAUGAAUAAGUAAGAAAGUCAGAUGCUGCCCACUGUAAAUAUAGACCUGUGUCGUAUUCCAUAAACUGUUUUCAAGGUGAGAAUUCAUCUGGGAGAGCGAUUAUGACAUGUAAGCUAUUGGCACUUCUCACACUGUGAGGCCGAGACGCAAUGACUGUCUGGUGUAAAGAUGCUAGCAAAUGUUAACCCUUCUGUAUCUAAGAACAGAUUAGUUAGCCUUCAUUAAAAAGGAUAUUUGAUAUAUAUUUAAGACAGACAAAUGCUUAAUUAUAGCUGCCAACAAAACGUAAGUUUUGUUUGUUGAUGGGAUGCAGGGAGUUGUGGCCACUUAAAUAAAGUCUUGUAAGUCUUUAUCUAUUGUCACAGAUUGGUUUAGUCCAUAAAUAUUAUGUAGGAUUUUAUUUAUACACUUGAAAUGCAUAAUUGUGACAUUAGCAAACCAUGCAAUGUUUUUUUAUCGGCAUGUUGCCACCUAGUGCAUGUAUUUGUAUCUUGGCAGGUCGGCAGAGCAGCUGGGCUGUAACUUCUGGACCCAGAGGUAAAUUUGAAGUUUUCUGGUGUCAAUCUCUUAGAUACGUUUGUGGAGGGAUUUACACUAUCCCUCCACAAGUCCCCCUUAUAUGAUGGCCCAAGUAUGACUCCGGACUGCUUACACAAGCUUAUGCAGUCCAUUUGCACUUUUUCACUAUCUGGACAAGCAAGAUCAGAUGUAGAUAUGGAAAGCUUUAGGUUCAAGUCCUGUUCAGCCAAUGGGCUGACUAUUUUGUCAAGAAAGGUCAGUGGCUCAAUAUCUACCUGUGUGUGGGCACCUAUAAUAUGGUUGUCACCUUUAGGUUAACUUUAAGUAUGUUAUAGCAUGGCUAAUUUUAAGAAACUUUUCAACUGGCCAUCAUUUUUUAUUUUUACAGUUUUGAAUUGUUUGCCUCCUUCUUCUGACUCCUGUUUUCAAUGGUGAUCACUGACCCCAUCUAAAAUAAAUACUCUGUGAGGCUACAAAUAUAUUGUUAUUGCUACUUUGUAUUACUCCUCUUUUAUUCAAGCCCUCUACUAUCCAUAUUCCAAUCUCUUAUUCAAAUCAGUGCAUGGUUGUUAGGAUUAUUUGGACCCUAGCAACCAGAUUGUUAAAAUUGCAAACAGGAGAGCUGCUGAAUAAAUAACUCAAAACCACAAAUAACAAAAAAAAAAGAAAACAAGCAACACAUUAUCUCAGAAUGUUGCUCUCUACAUCACACUAAAAGUUAAUUUAAAGGUGAACACUCCUUUAAAUGUGUUCCAACAGAUUUUACUUGUAGACAUUCAAAGAAAUGUUAUCAUUGCAGCCUUUCUUGGGGAAAGUUGGGUGGCAGAUCUGCAUGUGAAAAUGUGCUUAAGAGACUGAGGUUUGAUUACUGCAGAAUAACUGCUAUAUCUAAACUAUGGAUGUUAAUAAGAAUUGUUGUCCCUCUUUUGUUAGAUGUCAUAUUAAAACUUGUUUAGUCAGUA